CCGAGAAACAUGACGUACUCUAAAAAUGGCGCUGCGCUUGGAUGCCAGACUUUUAAUGCGGAAAAUUCGAGGCUUAAGGUGUUUAACGUCUAGAAGACAUCGCGUGAAAGAAAAAUGGGCUGCUUCACGUCCCAAGCACCCUCCUACCAGUUUAGCAGUAAAGCAUUUUGAUGUCACCUACUGCAGUCAGCUGGGGCAACUCUGGCCUUCGGUUCGAGUUGCUCUGCUCUCGGAAAGAAAGUACGGAGCUCUGCUCAAUAAUUUCUGCAAUGAUGCUUUUGUGGAUGAUCUUACGUCCCAAGGAUGCAGAGACUUCAUCACGGCUACAGACAGAAAAGAGUAUGUGUGCAUGGAGCGAGACCCACAAGUCAAAUUUAGUGAGAAAUCUGAUGCCACCUCUCUGGAGAAACAUGACAUGAUUGUUCAGCAGCAGUUAUCAGCACCGCACCUCAGCACUAACAUCAAGUGCUUCGUCUUUCCGAGAGGAGAUAUCACACGUUUCAAGCCAGCUAGACCAGAUAUGUCUGGGUUACUGGGCUACUACCUGAUGGAUGCAGCGUCAGUGUUACCUUGCCUUGCACUCGAUGUUCACGAGGGCCACACCCUGCUUGACCUCUGUGCUGCCCCAGGAGGAAAGACGCUUGCUUUGCUGCAGAACCAGGCCAUUGGUUUUUUGUGUUUGAAUGACUCGUCUGUGUCUCGGACAUUACGACUGAGGAAGGUGCUCCACAGCUACAUACCUAAACAGCUUUUGACCAGUGAGAAGCUACGGAUCACUUCCUUUGACGGCACCAAAUGGGGGGAAAUAGAACAGAAUACCUUUGACAGAGUCCUUGUUGAUGUUCCCUGUACCACAGACCGACAUUCACUCAUGGAGGACGAGAACAAUAUAUUCAGUAAGAACAGAACUGGCGAGAGGCGACAGCUGCCACAGCUACAGCUGCAACUACUGAUGGCGGGAGUGGUGGCAGCACGUCCGGGUGGCGAGAUCGUUUACUCCACCUGCACACUUUCUCACAUCCAGAAUGUUGGCGUGGUUGAACAAGCCAUCCAGUUGGCGCGUGAGAACCACGGCAUCCAGCUUGAGGUUGUGGACCUGCAACCACUCACAAACAUGUUCAGGAAUACCUUUCACUUCGCUUCUGAGCUCCAUCUGGGUGAGAUGGUCAUCCCACACCUGGCUGCCAACUUUGGACCCAUUUAUAUGUGCAAGCUAAGGAGGCUCACAUAGACCGUCGAUUAACAUUUAGUAUGCAUUUUACACAUAUUGUCAUGAUUCUGCAUUUAACUUAUCAAAAUAAAGUCACAGUUAACAGUGAUGCACAAGUAGGGAACAGCUUUCCAGGGACUGGGAGCAAUUUUGGGUGUCCCGUGCAAGGAAGAAUCCUCCAUCUGCUAUCCUUUAUACCACACAUUGAAGUACAAUACACAGAAAUCUUUAUUGUCCGCUGUAAUGGAAGUUUUCUUUGGUUUACUGGCGCAAAAGAAGCGGACAAAAUUGGAGCAAUAGGAAUACAGAGGUUCACUAAGUUACAGUAAUAAGACGAUAAGAGCAUAGAACAUUUUUAAAAAUUAAAAUCCCCUCACUCAGUGAUUCUCAGUGUGGUAAAAGUACUACUUGUGAUACGUUGGCUCCAUGCAGUGGUACAUGAAAAUCACUCAAAUACAAAUAAAAUGUACAAAAUUUUAAAAAAUGAAAUACAAUCCAACAUAUUACAAUAAAGCUUGUAGCUCUGCAUACAGCUUGUUUAAACUAAACUAAAAAAAAUUAAAAAUCCAUUACAUUCUUUUACUUUUCAAGUACAGGGCUUUUUUUCUUUUUUGGUUGUUGUUACAGUUCAGUUGUAGUUAAAUUUUAAGUACAAUACAUUUGCAUUUAAUCUUGACAUUUUUGUUUUGAAAAUGUUAAAAGUACAAUUUUUAUUUCACUUUACUGUGCAAUCAAUUUUAAUUGAAUCGUUUAUGUAGGUUUUCGAUAUUUAAGCACAGUGUUACUGUUCAAACUGACCAGGAUGUUACAGUGGUAUACAUAAAUACAUUUACGCGGAAUAAAACUUCUCCCUAGUUUUUGAUUAACACAGGCUUAAAUUACUCUAUUUGAAUGUCAGUCAUUAUGGUGGAAAAAAAGUGGGUUUUUUUUGGGUUUUUUUAGGCGGUACUUUGUGUAAAAAGUUUGAGAACUACUCACCAAAGUAAAAGACAGUUUUGUUAAUAAACUAACUGUAAAAAUCACAUUGUUGAUAGUCAGUGAUAGAUGUAUUGUUAGUAUUUAUACAGUAAAUACAUAGAUAAUUAUUAAUUAAUAGUGCUUAGUACUUCUGCCGUACCUUCAGGAGGCCCUGGUUCAAGUCUCUGAGUGGAGUUUGCAUGUUCUCCACCUUACUUGAAUUUUUUUUUUGCUGGCAUUCUCGUUUCCUCCCACAUUCCAAAAACAUGAUCUUAGCUUAACUGAAGACUCUAUAUUGCCCAUAGGUAUCUCUUACAUGCAAGUGUAUUCCAC